AUGGCCGCCCCAGCUGAUGUCACUAUCAAGAACCUCAGCGGUGAAUGGGAGAUGGAUGCAACGCUGUCCAACCCAGCAGACCCCAUCCUAGCCCUGCAAGGAAUGAGCUGGCUCCUCCGCAAGACCCUCUCCUAUGCAACCGUAACCCUCUACGUCCACAGCUACCCAGACAGCGACACACCAACAACCUACCACAUCGACAUCCAGCAAGUAAUCACCGGCGGCAUCCAAGGCACCAAAGAAAGCCGCACGCUCGACUGGACAGAACGCGACCACACUGACAACAUCUUCGGCACGUUGCACGGCCGUUCGCGCCUGCUGGACGGUAAGAGUGAAGACGGCGCCGUGCGGCCUGCGCUCGAGGUGCAGACUAGUGUUGGUGAGGCUGAGGCUGAUGCUAAGGUUGGCAAGUUCUUGCAUGGGGAGAUCCUUGUUGAUGGGUCUAAGAGUGAGGGUUUCUCUGGGCAGGAUGGGGAGGGAGUUUUUAUGCAGAGUUUUGUGAGGAAUGAUUCUGCUGGUUGGACUGCUGAGCAGGUUUGGGGAUUUGAGAUUGUUGGCGGGGAGAGGCGCCAUACUCGUCGUGUUGUUGUUACUAAGGAUGGGAAGGUUGAGAUGGCUAGACUUGUUUAUUCUUUCAAGGCUAGACGGGUUGAGGAGUAG